UAAGGAAAUAGAUGCAAUAUGUGUAAUGACUCAGCCUCUCUCAGUCUCUAUUCAAUCCCAAGUUAAUGGUAUCUAGUUUGCAUAUUGUAAGAACAACAAAUUUUCAGUCCUCAAGUCUUAAUGGCAUGGUUCAAUAGACUUUUGACCUCCAAGGAAUAUUGCUUACUUCAACCACCUCUUUUUAUAGAGGGACAUAGUUCAGUUUUGAACAGCUGACUUUGUGCUUUAAGUGGCAGCACUGAUUUCAUUUACUGAGAUGUUGGAUGGCUGCUUCAGGUGUCUUCAGAGGGGACUUCCAGUUAGAAAUGAAACUACUGUGAAUCAAAGAAGACAUGGAGGUUCAGAAAAUACACAUCUUUCUGUUUCAUUUGUAUGCUGUAGUUUCAGGUCUUGAAGAGGUAACAGGGCGAUUUUUCGAAGAUUGUAUCCUUCCUUGCUCUUUUGCACGUGCUGAAGGUGAAGUUAUUUACUGGAAGAAAGGGAACAAAAAUGUGCACAGCUACUACUACAGGAAGGAUCAGCUAGAACGUCAAGACUCUGAAUACAAGGGGAGAACAUCCCUUUUUCAUGAGCAAAUUCCCAAUGGAAAUGCCUCCUUAAAACUGAGUAAACUGAGCCUGAGUGAUGACGGCUUCUACAGCUGCUAUGUGGGGACAAUUCAAGAUAAAACAGAUGUGAAAGUCAGGCUGCACGUAACAGUUUCCCCAUCUUAUGCAAUGGAAUAUGAAAAACGAGACACAGAGAGACUGUUGAAAUGUCUUGCCUUUCGUAUUCGUACCGAGCCAAACAUAACAUGGGCAAAUGAUGGUACAUCUGUGCAAAACACAAAAAUGGAAGUAACCCAAGAUGGCUCUCUCUAUUCAGUUAGAAGUGAGCAGAACGUUACAAACAAAGUUUCUUCUUACCAGUGUCAUGUUCAAUUUCACAACCAAAAUUGGGCUGCUGAAUGGAAAAUGGAAGAUCCGAUUUUUAAAAAGGAAGGAGAUACCGUUUCAAUUCCAUGUGAAUUUAUGGCUCAAGGGUCUCCAUAUACUAAAGACUUCAUAGUUACUUGGACAAUAAUCAGAAAUGCAUCUACCUUGGUUCUGGCAUCCUCCGCUAACUUAUCACAACCCCCUGAACAGUUUAAAACUCGAUUCUCUUGGGAGAAAAUCAAUAAACAGGACUACUCAGUAGUCAUAAGGGAUCUUACUCUGGCAGACAGUGGAGAAUACAUGUGCAAUAUUUCAACACCAGACUAUACACAACUCACUGUAAGAAUUUUGCAAGUUGAAAUGCAAAAUGUGUCACGGGAAGGGAUUUCCAUUUCCCAGCCAUCUGUACUAUCAGAAAAAUCCUCACAUGACUACUGGAUAGCUAUAGUGUUGCUGAUUCUCAUCAUCAUUGCCUUUGUUGUAUACUGUGCUGUGAAGUGGAGAAGACAAGCGUGGAGAAGACGGGUGCAGAACAGAUAAGAGAGCAAAGAUUAAAUGGCUGCAUAUGGACAGUAUACAAUGUAAUGAAGAAGGAGAAGAUUUCAUAACAUACGCUCAGAGACUUGAGCAGUAUUUUUAUGCACAUGCUAUUUCCUAACAUUAUUUGUGUAAAACCACUUUUGUGGUGCUUAAAAGUUUUCCUCAAGAACCUGAUGAACUGGAAUAUAAGGACAUAAAAGAGAUUCUAAAGAAGCAUUUUGUGCCUCUUAAUGUUUUUAACAAAAGUAUAUAAGUUUCACCUCAGAAACCAGAUAGAAGGGGAAAGUAUCUCUGAAUUUUUGGCAACCCUGAAAAAACUGUCCACUACUCUUUGUUUUGUUAAUAUUCUGAAGGAGCUGUCAGAUCAAUCUGAAUUAAGAGAGGUUGUUGGAUGUUGUGUGUCACAAGGAACUGCCACUAGAUGAAGAUUGCUCUAUUUGAAUCCACACAAAAAAGCGCACCAAAAUUUGAAAAUAAAUUGGCCUCAUCGUGCCAGGCUGGAAAAAUGGCCUCAGCAGUGGAUUGAAGAAACACCACCACUGGUUUGACCUCUCAUAGGAUCCAAACAGAACAGAGGGAACCCUAUUUCUGCUGUUUAGAGACACCACACCUGCAGGAGCAGCAUUUCCUUAAUAAGCUGCAGAGCAAGAAGGGACAUGCCAGUGAGCAUGCCACAGUGCACCAGACCCAAAAGGAAGUCACCAGUGUCUACAUGUAGGAGCCACCAUCCUAGUUAGGUUCCUGUCAGCUUCGAGUGAAAGGAUGCGUGAGCUAUACCAUUUCACAGAACUGUAUGUGGUGGGAAAGGACAGACAUAUUAUCCCCUAUAUUAUGUUAAUGUAAAGGUAAAUGACGUGAUAUUGACAAUGGAAGUAGAUACAGGAGUGGCCAUGUCUGUGAUCUCUGGAGGUGGGAGGGUGGUUAGCAAAAAAAAAUUCCUGGGUUAAGAGCAAGAGAAACUAAUGUGCUUUGAUAGCUUUACAAUUAGGGACAGAACGGAGUGUUAGGCAGCCUCCCUGUUACUGUAACUUAGAGAGAUAUCUGUUCACCAUUAGAGUUAAUAGUGAGCGAAGGAAAUGCCCUCCCCCAUUGAUGAACAUAAACUGGCUAUACAGAUUUAAAUUGGAUUGGAGUGUGGUGCACCACAUGCCAGAAAGAGUGAGGGAACUGAAAAAUGCAAAGCUGUGGGCUCAGAAAGAGGCAUAACAGUGAGGCUGGUUGUGACAAGGCCUACGUUCCUGAAGGUUAGACAUGUGCCAUAUGCUCUGUGGAGGAGCCGGUGGAGAAACAAACAGUGAAAAGCCCCCAACAUAAACUUCUCAGUUUUUUCUGCCUAGGGCAAUGAUGGUACAAAAUUACAGGGGAGGGAUGAAGUGGGGGGAAAAGCAUGGUAAAGAAGAUAUUGGACCUAAUGGCACAUUUUCUAGAGAUAAUGAAGAGGUACAUUGACUAACUGUUACCAGAUAAAAACUCAGUAUGAUUACAGAAUGUGGCCCCUGAAGCAAGAAGAGAUUGUUUGGGUUUUUGUUGGCUGGAGGAGGAGGAAUUGGUGCUGGAAGAUGGUGGCCAAGAGAGGAAAAGUGCUCCUGCUGGCAUGAGGACAAAGUUUGGAUGGUCCUUUCUUUCCCUGACAGGUACCACUGGCCACAGCCUGCAGCAAAAUGGCAGAUCCUGCUGUAAGGUUAAACUUGUAAUUUGGUUUUUAUGGUUGUGUUUAUUAAUUAAGGAAUUUACAGGGGAGGACUGUGGUGUUUUGAGGAAUGUGUUGGAAUUGCAAACUAUAGCUUUAAGAGCAGGGUGAGGGUGACUCUCUUGUCCUGCCUUACAGUAUAAGGGGGCUCUGUAGCAAAGUAUGAGAGUGGCUUGCAGUCGCUCUGAAAAGAGCUAGCUUAAAGCAAGGUGGGGAGAGGUGGGCCUCCCUGCUUUAGGGAGCAGCCUGUUUUUCUUCCUCUCAGUGUUUGGGUUUUUGUGUUGUCGUUCAGGGUUCUACAAAACACUUAUGUUGCAGUCUUUCAGCAACAGUAUCUAUGUGUUUUAGCUACUUCUCUGUGUGUACACUGGGCACAUAACAGAAAUCAGGCUUGGAUUUCUGAGCAAGAAAACUGUCUGCUGCUGUUUGCUCCUACUAUAUUCAGGGAAACAGGAUGUUGGGCCACACUACUUAGAAUUCAGAAUGAUAGCACAUAAACUGCAAACCAACACUAGUAUCAAUAGCAGUGUGGCUGUGGAAGCACAGCUGGGCCUAGUAGAAACACUCCUGAAAUUGAAGGGUACAUACUAGGUACUGCUCAGCUGUGCUGCUGUCCAAUCUACCCCAGCUACACUAGCUCUCUUUAAGCUACUGCAAGGAUGUAUAUGUGAGCAGGGGAAUCACCCCUAACUUGUAGUGUAGAUGUAGGCCAGAGAAAGAGAAAACAGGCUGCUUGCCGAGGGCAGGUCUACACUUAAAACGUUGCAGCUGCACCGCUGUAAUGCUUUAGUGAAGAGAGUUCUUUAGUUAAUCCACCUCCCCGAGAGGCAUUAGCUAUGUUGGUGGGAGAAGCCCUCUCACUGACAUAAUGCUGUCUACAAUGGCACUGUGUCGCUAACGUAGUUCUACCAAAGAUUGUAAUUCUGCACAAAUCCAGAGCUAGGAGAGGCUGGAAAUCAUGACUUUUGCACGUUUGAUAAGGUACACUUUCCAGUGUCGGAGGCUAGGCUUGUUUCAGUUUAUUUAAUUUCUUGGGAAUCUACCAGUAGUAAGAACUCAUUUGUACAUAAUACUGCUAGUAAUAUCUUGUCAUGAAAAAGUCAGAGGUUCCGUGCCUGGCACGUAUUUAAUAGUGUAACAUCAAAACCAGAUUUAACCCAACAUAGCACUUUCCUGAAAGGCUUUUGAACCCUGUUAAUAUUUAAAUGAAAACGUACUCUGAGGAUUGCCCCAUAUGCAUCAGCACAGACAGAGGAAAGUUUUCUGACAUGCAGGGCUGCCAGAGUGAAUAUGGGAAGCCAAAGUAAAUUAUAACCUGGUAGAGGAAAACAUUAAUGGAAACCUAGAAUUGGGUUUAAAGUCAAAA